AUGCUGAACAACUGCGGAGACUCCAAGUGCAGGGGCUACGCGCAGCACCUGUGCGACCAGCAGGGGGAAAAGCGGAACAAGCAGAGGGACCCGAACGAGCAGUACUACCAAGUGGCGAACAACCUUUUCGCCAACGGGGACACCUCGGAGAGAAGGGAAGGGGGUGCGAUGGGUGGAGCCAGCAUGAUGAGUGGCAACGCCAUGAUGAGUGGCAACAGCAUGAUAAGCAGCGGAGACGCCCCCCCCCAGAAUGCCAGAAUACUCAAACCCCUGGUCCAAGAAAAAGUCGUCGAAAUUAUGAAGCCAGAAAUUGAAGAAAAAAUAAUCGAAGUGCCACAAGUGCAGUAUAUAGAAAAGCUCGUAGAAGUCCCACACGUCAUCCUCCAAGAAAAAUUAAUUCAUGUGCCCAAGCCAGUGAUUCAUGAGAGAAUCAAAAAAUGUCCCAAAACAAUUUUCCAAGAAAAAAUAGUAGAAGUUCCACAAAUUAAAGUGGUCGACAAAAUAGUGGAAGUACCUCAGUAUGUGUAUCAGGAGAAAAUAAUUCAAGUGCCAAAAAUCAUGGUGCAAGAGAGGAUAAUUCCAGUACCUAAAAAAGUGAUCCAAGAAAAAAUUGUCGAAAUUCCUCAAAUCGAAUUAAAAAAUAUAAACAUUGAAAAGGUGCAGGAAAUCCCAGAAUACAUCCCAGAAGUGGUGAAGAAAGACAUCCCAUACACACAGAUAGUGGACCGACCUUUUCAUGUCGAAAAAAUUGUGGAAGUUCCUCACGUUCAGCAUAUAUACAGAAACAUUGUCUCUCCCCAGUAUAGACACAUACCCAAGCCUGUGGAAGUCCCAAUGGCACAUUAUAGGACCUUCCCUAUUGAAAAGCUUGUCGAUAGGAAUGUACCUGUCCCGGUUGAACUUCAAAUCGUCCAAGAAUUUCUAUGCCCAAAAAUUGAAGCCAGAUAUAAAGAAAUUCCUGUCCCUGAAGACAAUAUAGACACAGCAUCCACUAAGGGCAGCUCCAAGAAUUGCUUCUCCUUCAACUGGAACAAUAAACAAAACGCCACAAAAAUUAACAAGGGCACCAAUCAACCAUCUGUCGAACUGUUACUACAUAAUGAUAAAUAUCACAAUAAGGUGAACCCCAAUCAGGAUAUGCACAUGAGAACCAAGUUUGUUUCUCCUUCUGGAAAUGUCUACCCCAGUACACACCUUAGAGAAGAUGACCUCCUAACCUCGCAAUCUGCUUAUCAUUACCCAAAUGGUACACAACACAGUGGUGCUUCCCUUCACGGAAAUGCGGCACUCAACCAGAUGUACAAAACUCAACAUAUUCCCAGUCAGACAGCUUACCCUUCCAACUUUAACACUGCCAUGCUCUCUCCUCAAGAUCAAAACGGUAUGUUUAAUGGAAGCAACUCCAUGGGAUUUACCCACCCAAGUGACAGUGAAAUGGGUAAUGCUUACUCUCCCAUUUCGGCCCUUGGCCAGGUCUCCCCGCAUGGCGAGUUGAACUGA